AUGUCGGGAGACGGAAAGGACCGGAGCUCGUCGUCGUACCUCGUCAUCCCCAUCAUCCUGCGCUUUUUGGAAAUAUGCUUCUGCAUCGCGUCCUUCGUCGUGAUGACCUUCAUGAAGAUGAACUACAAGGGCUUUAACUCCACGGCAUACCUCUUCGCCAUGGCCAUCACGGGCCUCAUCCUCUCCGUCAUCGGCGCGGCCGUCACGUUCCUCGGCCGCAAACCGGCCAUGGCCGUCAACGCCAUCCGCAUCCAGCUCUACAUCAGCUUCAUGAUGCUGAUGCUGCUCUUCGGCGCGGCUGCUACUGCCAGCAGCUUCCGAGUCAACGCCUGCUACAACGGCCUGGCCCUGCUCAACCUGCUUGGCGAUGACUGCACGCUGCUGGCAUGGUCCGUGGCCAUGGGGUACAUUGCCUCCUUCACCUAUAUCGGCUCCUUCUGGCAUUUCUUCUUUCUUCUUGCCAAUGACCACUAG